CUUUUAUUUUUAGUAUCAAUGUGGAGUCAUAAUUAGAUUACAAAACUAAAUAGUCAAACAAGAAACAUUAAUGCAUUAACUAGGUGGAUUGCUAAGACACUUCCCUGUUUUUCCCUCUAUAAAAUAAAAAUAAGACUUGACCUCAAGGGAGAACAAAAUUCCUACUAAAGCAAAAACACAGCUAUUCAAAGUUGACAGAUGGCAGAUGUUAAGUUGCUUGGUCUAUGUUAUAGCCCUUUUAGUCACAGAAUUGAGUGGGCUCUAAAGAUUAAGGGUGUGAAAUAUGAAUUUAUAGAACAAGAUCUACAAAAUAAGAGCCCUUUGCUUCUUCAAUCCAAUCCAAUUUACAAGAAAGUUCCUGUGCUAAUUCAUAAUAGCAAGCCCAUCUGUGAGUCAGUUGUCAUUCUCGAAUAUAUUGAUGAGGCAUUUGAACGCCCUUCCAUCUUGCCUAAAGACCCUUAUGAUCGAGCUAUAGCUCGAUUUUGGGUGAAGUUUUUUGAAGAAAAGGGGCUAGCAAUGAUGAAAAGUAUAUUUCUCAAAGGAGAGGAGCAAGAGAAAGCUAAAGAGGAAGUUUAUGAGAUGUUAAAAAUUCUUGAUAAUGAGCUCAAGGAUAAGAAGUUCUUUGUAGGUGACAGAUUUGGAUAUGUUGAUAUUGUUGCAAAUGCUACGGCACUUUGGUUUGGAGUUCUUGAAGAAGUAUUUGGAAUUGUUUUGGUAACAAGAGAAAAUUUUCCAAAUUUUUGUGCUCGGAGAGAUGAAUACUACCUCCAAAACAGAGAAUAUUUACCUCCAAAAGAUGAAUUGCUUGCCCAUUACCAAGCUUACAUUCAACGUGCUGCUUCAAAAUGAGUACACCUUUGUUGAAUUUCAAUAUUUUGGGUGGCAAUAAAAAUUAGAGAUGAAUUUAUGAUGAGUUUUUGUUAAUUCAAUUUGAAAUUGAUUUUUGGUUGCA